AUGAGCUCUACCCGUGUCAUCGAGUCCAAUACCAUUGGAAAUGAUGCCCGGAUUCAUCAGGGCAAUGUGAUCCAUAAUUACGCCAGUGCUCCUCGCGAACCAUGUAUCCUGAUUCCUUUUCUGCGCAAUGAGGAGCUUGUUUGUCGUCAAGACAUUGUCAGCGAGCUGGAUAGAAUCCUGCCGCUAUCAGACGACUACUCUACCGCUGCCCUCUAUGGCCUUGGCGGCUCGGGGCAAAUCGCCCUUGACUAUGCCUAUCGCCGGUGCCAAGUCUCCUCCUGUUCCGUAUUCUGGGUCCACGCCGAUAACGAGACGACAUUCACGCAAGACUUCAAAUCGAUCGCGAAGAAGCUUGGUCUCUCAGCCAGUCUCGAUGAUGAAGAAUUUUUAAUGGCCGUACGUUAUGGUAUCGAGUCGAGCACACCCUGGGUGCUUAUUCUAGAUAAUGCGGAUAACUUGGGACUCUUUGGUGUCAACCACAAUGGACUAUGUGUUUUGAAUCCGAAAGAACAUGAAUUAAGCCUGGAUAAAUUCAUCCCACGAGGGCCAAGAGGACAAGUCCUUUGGACGAGCCGCGACAAGAGCAUCGCUGGAAGUGUUGUUGCUGCUCGUAGGGCAAUUAAAAUCCCAAAGAUGACCCCAAGUGAGGCGAAAAAGCUGUUCGAAAGUGUCAGGCAUAACCAAAGGAACAACGAUGACACAAAAGAUGUUGAAGAGCUCCUUGAAGAACUCGAAUGCCUACCACUCGCUAUAUCGCAGGCUGCGGCCUAUGUGAAGAGGACCUCGACAAGCGUUAAGGAAUACGUCUCAAAAUUGAAAGAUGGCAAAAAAAGAUGGAGGAUCCUAAAGCAAUCACAAAGCGACCGUCAUCGGAGACAUGAAGUUUCAAACAGCAUUUUGGAGACCUGGAACAUUUCUAUGAAGUAUCUUCAGGCUGAGAAUAAGACAGCAUAUCAGAUUCUACACACUCACGCCUACCUAGACAACCAGAAUAUCUCUAUUGAGUUGAUCAAGCAAGCAGCUCUCUACGCCUCGAAUAACGAUGAUGAUAAAGUCACUGAGGCUAUCGCCCGUCUUUGUGACUUUUCAUUUCUGAACAUACAGGUGGCCGAAAAUGGAAAUCGCGCAUACAAGGUCCAUAAGCUUGUUCAAGAAGCAAUGCGGUACGGACUGAGCAGGAAGGAACGGAAGAAUGAGGGGAAACAUUUCUCAGCUGCAGCGCUUGAGAUUGCGUACACUCUCUUCCCAAGAUCCCCGUACGAUGGACGGGAGGUCUGGAACAAAUGCGAGAAGUACAUAGCUCACGCACAGCAGGCGUAUACAUAUUAUAAGCUCGGAAGGUAUCAAGAGGCAGAGGAAACGCAAAUCGAGCUUUACAGGUUGCAGCGGGACAAAUUUGGUGACAAGAAUCCUAGGACCAUCAUGAGCGAGGUAGGGCUCGCAAUGAUACACUUUACAUUCAGGAGGUAUGAAAAGGCAGAGGAGAUAAUGGUGAGAGUACUAGCACGACUACAGAAGAUCCUUGGGAACACUCACCGUGAUACAAUGAAAACCAUGAGACAUCUCGCAAUAACAUACCUAGCACUUGGAAGACGUGAAGAGGGACAGAGAAUGAUAAUGGAAGUACUGGAGCUACAGCAGCAGACUUUUGGCCACAAGGAUCAUUCUACGGUUAUUACCAUGGCAAAUAUUGCAGCGAUACAUCACUCGGACGGCAGAUAUCAAGAGGCAGAAGGAUUAAGGGUAGAGGUACUGGCACUACAGCGGGAAAUUCUUAGUGAUAAAGACCCUGAUACGAUUACGACUAUGGCGAAUCUCGGAAUAACAUAUAAUGCAGUCGGCAAAUACAAAGAGGCAGAGGAAAUGCUUCUAAACGCCCUGGCGCUACAACGAGAGGUCAUUGGUGACAAGCAUCCUCAUACAAUUGGUACCAUGGCACAUCUUGGAAUAACGUACCAUGCAUCUGGCAGAUAUAUGGAGGCAGAGGGAAUCCAAGUAAAGGCACUGGCACUACAACAAGAAUUUCUUGGCGACGAGCAUCCUGAAACAAUGAAGAUCAUGGAGCAACUUGCAGAUACACGUCGCCAAUUGGAGCGGCUGAGUAUUGAGGAAAACUAG